CAUGGCAGCUAGAGGACCUGAGAAAGCAAGAUGGCGGCCUGUGUAUGUGUUACCCGCUAAGGCCUAUAGUCAGCAGCUGUGAUCGGGCUGUCGGGGGAUUUUCGCCGAGGGACAUCGUAUCUUUCUAGGACCGGACAGAUCCGCCGUGACCCGAAAUACAUAGUGAAGCCUGAAUCCUCUUCGCAGUCAUGGAUGACUUCACCUCUAUCAGCCUCCUGUCGCUGGCUAUGCUGGUCGGCUGCUAUGUGUCUGGAAUAAUCCCGCUAGCAGUUAACUUUUCAGAGGAACGUCUAAAGUUGGUGACAGUACUGGGUGCAGGUCUCCUGUGUGGAACUGCAUUAGCGGUGAUUGUACCAGAAGGUGUCCAUGCUCUCUAUGAAGAAGCACUAGAAGCAAAACAUCAUGAACUGGAAAGCUCGAAAGUAAAGGAAUCGGAGACUGGAGCUGAAGUCUCCUCAGUCCAUGAACAUGAUCAUUCUAGACUACAUGCUUACAUUGGGGUCUCUCUAGUCCUGGGCUUUGUCUUCAUGUUGCUGGUGGAUCAGAUUGGCAGCUCUCAUAUGCACUCCGUGGAGGACCCAGAGGCAGCGAGAGCCGCCAGUUCCAAGAUUACCACCACUCUGGGUCUUGUAGUGCACGCUGCAGCUGAUGGAGUUGCUCUAGGGGCUGCGGCAUCAACAUCACAGACAAGUGUUCAGCUUAUUGUAUUUGUGGCCAUCAUGUUACAUAAGGCUCCAGCUGCGUUUGGCUUGGUUUCUUUCCUUAUGCAUGCAGGGUUAGAGCGAAACCGCAUCCGGAAGCAUUUGCUGGUGUUUGCUUUGGCGGCUCCUUUACUAUCAAUGUUGACAUACCUGGGAUUAAGUAAGAGCAGUAAAGAGGCCCUCUCCGAGGUGAAUGCCACGGGAGUUGCAAUGCUUUUCUCUGCUGGGACCUUCCUCUAUGUUGCCACAGUCCAUGUCCUUCCAGAAGUUGGCGGAAUGGGACACAGCCACAAGCCAGAGUCUGGUGCAGCUAAAGGACUGAGCCGCUUGGAAGUACUUGCCUUAGUUGUGGGAUGUUUAAUACCCCUGGUCUUAUCUAUAGGACAUCAGCACUGAAGUCCAAGUCUGCGUGUUCCAAACCUAAUUACACUGGACAAAUGCGAGGACCUUCUAAGACUGACGUCUGUUAAAAUGAGUUAUCGUGUAGUUGAAAAUGACUGUUCUGGAUUUGGAAUAUCCUGCUGGGGUGAUUGUCUCGCAGUUCAGUGACGCCCCGUACGUACGUUUUUUUUUUUUUGGUUUUUUUUA